UAGAAGACAAAUUGCUCGGUUGUUAGAUCCUAGUCUUUAGUGUCUCAGAUUUGUUUAUGAUGAACUGGUGAAGAUGAGCCGUGCUUGUGAGGCAACUGAGUUGCAAAGGUUUCCCUUCUUAAGAAGGCGUAUGGAUGAAGUCAUGGGAAAGUUUUUGCGUGAUGGCGUAAAGCCUGCUGAGAGAAUGAUAGUGAAUCUUAUUGAGAUGGAGAUGGAUUAUAUAAAUUCUUCAAAUCCAAAUUUCUUAGGCGGGAGCAAAGCUGUUGAGAUUGCUAUGCAGCAGCUGAGAUCAUCGCAGCCAUGGAGACUGAAGUGCCCAAAGUACCAGCCAAGAAGAAAGAACCUAGCAAAAGGGCUGCUGCAGCGGCAAAGAAGAGAGGUGCAGCGAAUAAGCAGCAGCCUCAGACAUUGGCCCAGAAGCUUUGAACUGACAUGUUAAAGCCUCCUGAAAAUUCCAGGAUUUCACCGGAGAAGAAAGUGAGAAAGAUGAGGGCAUCUCCAUUCAACAAGAA